AUGCGACCACUGACUCUCGAUGAGCUCGGCGAAGUAGCAUCCCUCGUUUUCACCAGUGACUUUGAGGAAGAUGACCGUCUCAUCGAACCAGAGGCUAUCGUGUACUCGUUGCAUAGCCUAGUUCAUUGUGAUGCUAGUAACCAACGCAUCGAGCUCGCGCACUCGUCUGUCCGCACCUUUCUCACUAACCCCGAAUUGUCCGGAGCAUUCUACACUGACCCGGCAGUCGCAAACGCCACCAUCUCGAAGGCCUGCCUUUACUACCUCGCGUUACCGCCGUUUCAGCAAACUUGCCCUGAUGAGGCGGCACUCGGGGCGCGCAAGCGGGCCUGGCCGUUCUUUGAGUACGCUGCGUGCUUCUGGACACGACAUGCACGCGCCAUGGUGUCACCGCUGUCUGACAAUGACAAGCAGUUCCUGGCCCUCUUUGCCAGCUUUGCCGAUUCUGCCGGUCACUUCUCGGCGUGGUAUCAGUGCGUCUACCCCCAAGGGGGACCAAGCAUCUGGAACACGCAGCCGCUAUACAUGUGCGCCCGCGAGGGACUUGCUGGACCACUUCAGGUACUCCUGGUCCGAUGUAGUCGUGAAGAGCUUGAGCAACGUGGUGGCGCACGCGGGUCCACAGCCCUACACGUCGCGGCUACCUACGGUGAGGUUGAGGCUGUACGGCUUUUGCUGGCCGCUGGUGCAGACCCCAACGAGCGCAACGCGGUGGUCCGCGAGGACAUCGACCCGAUCGCAGUCGCCAAGACAUGGCUGGCCAACCUUGUCACGAGCGUCGCUGCGAAAAACGACGCCGCCUUUUCUUCUCUCUUCUUCGAGGAGUCCUGGUGGCGCGACUCUGUUGGCUUCUCAUGGACUAUCACCUCUAAGAACGGUCCGGAGGCCAUUUCUAAGCUCAUCCUGGGCUCCGAAGCACAUUUUGAGAAUGCCAGUGUCAUCUCCGCCGAGCCAGCGCUAGCGCCGCAGCUCGUGGACAUGGGCCCGAUGACUAUUGUGCAGUUUGGCUACGCAUUCACAACCCAGUACGGGCAUGGCCGGGGCAUCGUCCGCCUAGGCAACAGCGAUGGGCUGGACAACUGGAGGGCAUGGACUGCCUCGUCGCAGCUCGACAGCCUUCGCGAGAAGCCCGUCAACAGUGGGGUCAACGGAGUGGCUACGCCUAGCUCUAACGACUAUCAAGUCUUGAUUGUUGGCGCAGGGCAAUCCGGUGCUAUGCUCAGCGCAUGGCUUGGCAAGCUCGGCGUCCGCCACCUCGUCGUCGACAAGGCCACUCGUCCCGGCGAUGCCUGGCGCGACCGUUACGCCUGCAUCAAGGCGCACACACCAAGCUACGGCGAUCACUUUGCGCUCCUUAACUUCCCCGAAUCAUUUCCCACAUGGCCGGCGCGCGACGAGAUUGCCGACUGGAUCGACCACUAUAGCGCCACUAUGGGCCUGUCCAUGCUCUCCGGCGCCGCCGUCACCGGGAUCCGGCGCGACGCCGUUGGCAGGCGGUACUCCGUCGACGUUUCCCUCCACAAUGGCGCUGAAAAGCGCACCUACACGACCACACACGUCGUCCUUGCCACGGGCGUCUACCCGGCCAUCCCCGUCGAGCCCGCGCUGCCCGGCCGCGACACCUUCCGGGGGCAAACCUACCACACCGCCGCGCACACCUCCGCCGGCACUGUGGCGGACCUCGCGGCCAAGGACGUCAUCAUCGUCGGCUCCGGCACCAGCGCGCACGACGUCGCGCAGGACUUUGUCGCGCACGGCGCGCGCAGCGUCACCAUGGUGCAGCGUAGCCGCAUUUGGGCCGCGUCCACGUCCACCGUGGAGCAGUUCAUCUUCUCAGCGUGGGCCGAACCCGGCCUCGACACCGACGCCGCCGACCUCCUCGGCACGUCGAUGCCGCUGGCCGUCGUGUUGACGCUCGCCGCCGGAGCCGCGCCCGCCAUGGCCGACAACGACCGCGCGCUCCUGGACGGCCUCGAGGCCGCCGGCAUGCGCCUCGCCCGCGGCGACGACGGCGUCAGCCUCCUCGACUACCAGGCCGUUAAAAUUGCCGGCUUCUACAUCGACCAGGGCGCCGGCGCCAUGAUCGUUGACGGCCGCAUCCGCGUGCGCUACUGCGCCGGCGGCGUGCAGACCUUUGACGAUGGUGGCGUCAUCCUCGCGGACGGCACGGCGCUCCGUGCAGAUGUCGUUGUCUUGGCGACGGGGUACAAGAAGAUGACGGCGACCAUGGAAGAGCUCCUGGGCAAGGAGUUGGCGAGCAAGGCGACUGAUCCAUGUAAUGGCUUAGACGCAGAGUCAGAACGCGCUGGUCUCACGCGGCCAACCGGUGUGCCUGGCCUCUGGUAUAUGGCUGGUAGCUUCAUGAUGUGCCGGCAACUGUCCCGCCUCCUCGCGCUGCAAAUCGCUGCCGUGGAGCGCGGCAUUAACAGGACGCACUUUGCCAGUGCCUCCGCCUGUAGUCCGCUCUAG